AUGGAAACUCCUGGCAAAAUUACUAUUUCUAUUGACAGAGGUGGGACAUUUACGGACGUCCAUGCUAUUGUCCCUGGCCAUUCAGACAUUAUCUUGAAGCUUCUCUCAGUAGAUCCCUCACAUUAUCAAGAUGCUCCGACAGAAGGCAUCCGUCAGAUUCUUGAGCUUGUAACAGGAGAAUCUCAUCCUCGUGGCAAGCCACUCAAGCUUGACAGUAUUGGCAGUCUACGGAUGGGCACGACCGUUGCGACCAAUGCAUUGCUCGAACGUAAGGGUGCUCGAUCAGCCCUUCUCACCACCAAGGGAUUUCGGGAUCUACUCAAGAUUGGUGAUCAAUCUCGCCCGGCUAUAUUUGAUCUCUCCAUGGCUCGACCGGGCGUACUUCCUGAAGCCGUGGUUGAAGUAGAGGAACGUGUGAUUCCUUGUCAUCCGGCCUCUGAUGAUCAAUGCUUCGCCAAUGCCCGAAUUGUUCAAGGUGUCACGGAUGAAAAAUUCCGCAUCGCUCAAGAAUUGAAUCUCGAUCAGGUGCGGUUGGAUCUUUUGCAUCUCAAGCAGCAAGGCUACCAGUCCCUCUCCGUAGCACUUGUCCAUUCGUUCGCGUAUCCGGAGCAUGAACUCCAGAUAGGAGAGCUUGCAGAGCAGAUGGGAUUCUCAGUCACUCUGUCUUCCAAAUUACAGCCUAUGAUAAAGAUCGUUCCUCGUGGCAUGUCGGCAUCUGCUGACGCCUACCUCACUCCAAUCAUUAAAACUUACAUUAACUCUAUUUCUUCCAGCUUUGAAGGUGGACUGGAAAGCCAGAAUGAAUGCCGCUUUGAAUUUAUGCAGUCUGACGGUGGUCUGGUAGACUUCCGUAAAUUCAGUGGAUUGAAAGCUAUCCUUUCAGGACCUGCUGCUGGAGUGGUUGGCUUUGCCGCCACCAGUUAUGACCCAGUUGAGAAAAUCCCUGUCAUUGGUUUUGAUAUGGGCGGUACUUCAACAGAUGUAUCUCGUUAUGAUGGCCAUUUGGAGCACGUCUUCGGAUCUAAAGUCGCCGGGGUCCUAAUCCAGUCUCCUCAACUUGAUAUAAACACUGUCGCCGCUGGAGGUGGUUCUAUCUUGACUUGGCGCAAUGGUCUCUUUUAUGCGGGACCUGAAUCUGCUAGCGCACAUCCUGGACCUGCUUGCUAUCGGAAGGGUGGCCCCUUGACUGUGACAGAUGCCAAUCUGUUCCUCGGCCGAUUAUUACCACAGUACUUUCCUCAUAUCUUUGGUCCCAAUGAGAACCAGCCACUAGAUACCGAGAUCACUGCGCAGAAGUUUGAAGAGUUGACGAAUACUAUCAACUUGCAGCGCCGACAGAAAUCCCAGCCCGAGUAUACUCCCGAGGAGGUGGCCCUCGGAUUCCUCAAGGUUGCCGAUGAAUCGAUGGCUCGACCGAUCCGUAAUCUUACCGAGGCUCGUGGCUUUGAGACUGCUUCCCAUCACCUCGCCUGCUUUGGAGGAGCUGGUGGUCAACAUGCCUGUUCAGUAGCUGCUUCGCUGGGCAUCUCACGCAUUAUCAUCCACAAGUACUCUUCCGUCCUGUCUGCAUACGGACUUGCUUUGGCCGAGGUUGUCAAGGAGUCCCAGGAACCCGUGUCGUCCCAGUAUGCAUCAUCCCAGUCGACACUGCUCCAGAGAUUCGAUCACAUGGCUGCUAAAGCGACGGAAGAGAUGCAGGCUCAGGGGUUCCCAUCGUCUCAAGUGCGACAUGAGAAAUAUCUCAACAUGCGAUACGAAGGCUCCGAUACUAGUCUUAUGAUUCUUAUGCCUGAAGACUCAUCUGACUUUUUGGCCAAGUUCCGUGAGCGUCACUUACGCGAAUUCAACUUUAACUCAGAGCGUCCGGUCCUUGUUGAUGACAUUCGAGUACGUACCAUUGCAUCUUCCAAUAUCCGUACAGAGCGCAGUCCGCUUGUACAGUUCAAAGAUGCCAACAUGCAUGAUAUUACUACUGCUCCUGUCAGCACCACUGAAGCCUAUUUUGAUGGCUACUCUAAUCGUAUAAAUACUCCAGUCUAUCUUCUUGAUAAGCUUGAGAAACAUAGUCGAAUUCCUGGACCCGCUGUCAUUAUUGAUCAGACUCAAACUAUUGUCGUUGCUCCUAACACUGUGGCCAAUUUCCUUGAAACCUGCAUCGUCAUCGAUUUGCAGAAAAAGGCGACAAAAAACGCAAUCGACAUUCAAGCUACGUCCCAUAUUGAUCCAAUUCGGCUGAGUAUUUUUGGCCAUCGCUUCAUGUCAAUUGCCGAACAAAUGGGCCGAACUUUGCAAAAGACUUCUGUCUCAACCAAUAUCAAGGAGAGGCUGGAUUUCUCAUGUGCGCUUUUUUCCCCUGAUGGAGGUCUGGUGGCCAAUGCGCCACAUGUACCGGUGCAUUUGGGUUCGAUGCAGUUCGCCGUGCGCUAUCAGCACGAGAAGUGGCUGGGUGACUUGAAAGACGGUGAUGUCCUUGUCGCCAAUCACCCUAGUUGCGGCGGUACUCACCUUCCAGAUAUCACAGUUAUUACCCCUGUAUUUGACCGUCCUGGUGGCACUGAAAUCAUGUUCUAUGUCGCUUCUCGUGGCCAUCAUGCGGAUAUCGGCGGUAUCUUACCGGGUUCCAUGCCCCCUAAGUCAACUGAGCUAUGGCAGGAAGGCGCUGCCAUUGAAGGUGAUAAGAUUGUCAGCAAAGGUGUUUUAGACGAGGCCCGCUUGAUCGAAUUGCUGGUCACCAAACCAGCGCAGUACCCUGGAUGCGAGGGUGCUAGAUGCGUCAGUGAUAACCUCUCUGAUCUCAAGGCGCAGAUUGCUGCCAACUCCCGUGGUAUCUCCCUAAUCCAAACCCUUUUCGCUGAAUAUGGUGUGGAUGCAGUUCAGAAGUACAUGUACGCCAUUCAAGCAACAGCAGAAACAGCCGUUCGGAACCUUUUGAAAAUGUUGUAUCAAAAGUUCAAUGGGAAACCACUGGAAGCUGUUGAAUACAUGGAUGAUGGCACGCCGAUAUGUCUCAAAGUUACCAUCGAUGGAGAGAAUGGAUCAGCUGUCUUUGACUUUGCAGGCACUGGUCCCGAAGUUUAUGGUAGCUGGAAUGCCCCUAUCGCAAUCACCCACUCUGCGAUCAUCUACUGUCUGCGAUGCAUGAUAAAUGCGGAUGUUCCUCUGAAUCAGGGAUGUCUGGCUCCAAUCGACAUCCAGGUACCUAGCCAAAGCAUUCUAUCUCCUUCUAAAACAGCUGCUGUUGUUGGAGGCAAUGUGGUGACCUCUCAGCGCAUCACCGACGUGGUACUAAAGGCCUUCGGAGCCUGUGCUGCCUCUCAGGGAUGCUGCAACAACCUAACCUUUGGUACCAACGCCAAGGUCGAUCCCACCACUGGAGCUGUCAUUACUCCCGGAUUCGGAUACUACGAGACCAUUGCCGGUGGUGGUGGUGCUGGUUCAACCUGGAAGGGCGAAUCAGGUGUUCAGGUCCACAUGACCAACACACGCAUCACUGAUCCGGAAAUUCUGGAAAAGCGCUAUCCUACUCUGCUACGACAAUUUACUUUACGGGAGGGCUCUGGUGGCCGCGGUAAGAAUCCCGGCGGUGAGGGUGUGGUGCGUGAAAUCGAGUUCCUCGCCCCUAUGCAAUGUUCUAUUUUGUCCGAGCGACGAGUGUACCGGCCUUACGGACUGGAGGGAGGCGAAGAUGCACAGCCAGGUCUCAAUUUAUGGAUGACAAGGGACGAGGAAUCCGGCGAGGAACGCAAGAUCAACAUUGGCGGCAAGAAUACAGUCUCGGUGAAGACUCAUGAUCGAAUUAUCAUUAUGACUGCCGGUGGCGGUGGUUUUGGGAAGGAAGAUGAAUCCUCGUGA